GCCUUUCGAUAAAUCAAGUCUGUCCAUUUUAAAAUGUGCAGUAUUCAAAGCCCUUGCAGGUAAUUGUCGAGUUUCCCCCCCAGAGGAGAAACUAAUGGAGGCGAUGCACCGCUGCGGUGGGGGGGUGGUGACCUCUGUCUGCCGCGGGGGGAACGACUCCACAGCUCCGCUAUUCCCCGAUGGUUGACGUUAGGAUCGCGGCCUAGCGUUCGGUCCCCAGCUUCCAACGCCUGUUUGCACCACCACCACGACAACGGGCGCCCUUACCACCCGGCGGUCGGAUGGAAGGGUGAGGGGAGCCAUGCUGAGAUUCCUCCAUAUCCCUUUAACAGGCCUGUUGGGUGUUCUGUGGGAUGGAGUUGCUGCUUUUGGUGGGGUCAGACUAGUAGAUGGGGAGAACAAGUGUUCUGGCAGAGUUGAGGUCCUCCGCCAUGACCAGUGGGGCACGGUGUGCGACCAUGGCUGGGACCUCCGGGAGGCGGAUGUGGUGUGCCUGGAGCUGGGCUGUGGCUUAGCUGAAUCUGCCCUGCAUGGGGCCGUGUUUGGGGCAGGCGGUGGAGAGAUCUCGCUGCGGCAUGUCCAGUGCUCCGGACAUGAGUCCAGUCUGACACGCUGUGCUGUUGUCCUUCACAGCAACGUCCUCUGUACCCAUGAGAAGGAUGCAGGUGUGAAAUGCUCAGGUACCCUUUUAACGCCCACCCUCACGCUGCUGUCACCUCACACUGUGUUCUCUCCUGGCGAGGCUGUUCGCUUUGGCUGCAGCGUUUUGCUAGGUCACCACCUCAGUGACUUCCACCUGUUCAAGCAUGGAGUUUCUACACCACUGGUUACACAGAGGGCGGACCAGACCCAGACCAAAGUGGAGCUGACAUUGUCCGACAUAGAGACUUUCCACCAGGGCAGUUACAGUUGUGGGUACAGGAUCAACGGUGGCUUCCCUUCUCAGCUGCUGAGCUCCCCACCAAGCAACUCUAUAAACAUCACUGUUGUGGAACUCCUCACUCCCCAACAUUGGUACAACACGUCCACUGAGGCCCCGGCUGGUUCCGUCAUUAAAGGCCACAGUUUUAACAUCAGCUGCUCCACCCCGCAGCAGUACCCCGGAGGCUCCUUCCAGCUGCGUCUGAUCCGCUCCAACGGCACAGUGCGCCAGUCCCUGCCUGCCCUCACCCCGUUGGUCACUUUCACCUUCCCCAGCGCCCAGAGCUCUAACGAGGGAUACUACUACUGCCAGUAUCGGGUCCAGCUGGGGGGACGCACCUUUGUCUCCAGAGAAAGCCAGCCCCUGCCUAUAGCCGUCAGAGAUCCAGAUCCAGUUCUGAGUCCAAUGGUGAUCAGCUGGCUUGUGUCCGGCUUGACAUUUGUAGUAGCUGUCAUUGUUAUAAUCAUCGUGGCCAAGGUGCUGUGUAACAAGGAGAAGAAGCCCACUGAACUUGAGCGAGAGACCAGAACCUGUGUGGAUAACACUUAUGUUGCCUUAUCAAUUAACAAGCCAUGAGGGAGAUCGCAGGCUACCGUAUCACUAAAGCAGAAUGACGAGUGAGAGGACAGCAAGGGGCCCCUACACGGCGUCCAUCUUGAACUCAGUCGGGAAGAGACGGGCCGCAGAACCAAACAGUUCUGUCGGUCAUCCACCUCCGGAUAGAGGCACAUCCUGGAUGCAGUACAGUCUGGAUAAGGCAGUUUUUAUGAGAUUAACGUGGACCUACAUCACACCAAAUAUCAGGCUUGUGGUAUUACUCUGAAAGGAUGGAUGGGCUCUUAUAACUAGUAUUAACUAAAAGCCACAAAAUACUGACCGUGUAGAUUUGUCUCUGAAUGCAUUUUACAGACAUUUGUUGUUUAGUAACACUAAAAGGCUCCACUACUUUAUGGUGUUCUCGCUUCUACAAUGAUCCUUAAAGGAUUACAAAGUGUUUUUGUAUUUUAGUCUAACCCAAUGCAGCUUAUGUAAUUUUAGAAUAUGUAGAUCUCUGCACUCAAUAGAAGCUGUAGUGCAUUAAAACGUGCUGUCGUUAGAGCGUAUGGGUUGUUAUUUGUUGACCAUCUACAAUCCUCUCUGCAUAAACUGUCGAUGGAUGUGUUGCAUUUACUUGGACUACAUAUAAAGAACACAUAUUUUAUCUGUUUAUUUCUAUAUCUUUUUUUGAAUAGUUUACUUACCUUUGAUGCAAUUGCAAUUCAAAUAUUAACAU